AUGGCCAAUUCGACACGGUGGAUGAGGCGCGGCAGCGGUGAGGGCGGGCGCGCUGGCGGUGAAAGCGCCCUGGUCCCGACGCUGGCGGCGGCAACACUGGUGCUGGUGCGGCCGGUGGGGCCAACCUACCGCGGUCGCAUGGUGGGCGGCGCAGCAAGAGCCAUCAGCCAUGGCCACCGUGGACUGGACGUCGCCACGACGACGGAGUCCGGCAAGCAGGCGCCGUCCCCGCCUCCGGCGGCGCGCAGAAGCAGCUUCUCCGGCGCCGACCUGGCCCUGAGGGCGCUCCUGUUCGCGGUGACGCUCGCGGGGCUCGUCGUGCUGGCCACCGCCAAGCAGACGGCGCUCGUCCCGGUCCCGCAGAACCCGGGGCUCCUCCUCUCCCGCCCCGCCAAGUUCAACGACUCGCCGGCGCUCAUGUGA